CCUCUCAGGGGCUUCCUGCCUGAAGUGUGCAACUAUGCUGCUAGGGGGAAUCCUGCUGGUAGUGGGAGCCUUGCAGCUUGCCAGUGCCCUGGACCUGCCCGCUGGCUCCUGUGCCUUUGAAGAGGGCACUUGUGGCUUUGAUUCGGUGUUUGCAUUUCUGCCUUGGAUUCUAAAUGAGGAAGGCCAUUACGUUUAUGUGGACACCUCUUUUGCCAAGCAAGGGGAGAAAGCCGUGCUGCUGAGUUCUGAUUUGCAGGCUGAGGAAUGGAACUGCCUUCGCCUGGUCUACCAGAUAACCACACCUCCAGGAUCCAUCUCAGAUCCCAGCCAGCUGAACCUCUAUGUGAGAUUUGAGGAUGAAAGUUUCGAUCGCUUGCUUUGGUCCACUAAGGAGCCUUCAGACAGCUGGCUCAUAGCCAGUCUGGAUCUUCAAAACAGCACCAAGAAAUUCAAGAUUUUGAUAGAAGGUGUCCUGGGACAAGGAAACACGGCCAGCAUUGCCCUCUUUGAAAUCAAGAUGACAGCCGGCUACUGUAUUGAAUGUGACUUUGAAGAAAACCAUCUCUGUGGCUUUGUGAACCGCUGGAACCCCAACGUGAACUGGUUUGUUGGAGGAGGAACUGUGAAGAACACCCACUCCAUCCUCCCAGAGGAUCACACAUUCAGGAGCGAGCAUGGCCACUAUAUGUACGUGGACUCUGUUUACGUUAAGCACUUCCAGGAGGUGGCCCAGCUCAUCUCCCCGGUGACCACAGCCCCCAUGUCUGGCUGCCUCUCAUUCUAUUACCAGCUUCAGCAAGGAAAUGACAAUGUCUUCUCUCUGUACACUCGGGAUAUGGCUGGCCUGUAUGAGGAGAUUUGGAAAGUGGACGGGCCAGACAAUGCUGCCUGGAACCUUGCAGAGGUGGAGUUCAAUGCUCCUUAUCCCAUGGAGGUUAUUUUCGAAGUUGCUUUCAAUGGUCCCAAAGGAGGCUAUGUUGCCCUGGAUGAUAUUUCUUUCUCUCCUGUUCACUGCCAAAAUCAGACAGGGCUUCCUUCCAGCGCUGCGGAAAGCAGCUGUGACUUUGAGGAAGGCCUCUGCAACUUUCAUCAAGACAAAGAGGGUCCCGGUUGGACAAGAGUGAGGGUGAGACCGAACAUGUAUCGGGCAGGGGACCACACGUCAGGAACUGGGCAUUAUCUGCUGGCCAACACCAAAUUUACAUUCCAGCCUGGUUACAUCGGGAGGCUUUAUGGUCCCUCCUUACCAGGAAACAUGCAGUACUGUGUGCGUUUUCAUUAUGCCAUCUUUGGAUUUUUGAAAAUGAGCGACACCCUCGCAGUUUAUAUCUUUGAAGAAAACCACGUAGUUCAAGAGAAGAUCUGGUCUGUGCUCGAGUCCCCAAGGGGUGUUUGGAUGCAAGCUGAAAUCAGCUUUAAGAAGCCCAUGCCCACAAAGGUGGUUUUUAUGAGCCUAUGCAAGAGCUUUUGGGACUGUGGACUUGUAGCCUUAGAUGACAUUACCAUGCAAUUGGGAAACUGCCGGUCUCCAGAGAGACUUCCACCUCCACCUGGAGAGUGCACUUUCGAUCAAGAUGAAUGUGCGUUUACACAGGAAAAAAGAAACCGGAGCAGCUGGCACAGAGGGAGAGGAGAAACACCCACCUCUUACACAGGACCCAAGGGAGAUCACACUACUGGGGUAGGCUACUACAUGUAUAUCGAGGCCUCCCACAUGGUGUAUGGACAAAAGGCACACCUCUUGUCCUGGCCCCUGAGAGGCGUCCCUGGGAAACACUGCUUGACUUUUUUCUACCACAUGUAUGGAGCAGGAACUGGCCUGCUGAGCGUGUUUUUGAAAACGGAAGAAGAGAGCAAAGAGUCCCUGUUGUGGAGAAGACAAGGGGAGCAGAGCAUCUCCUGGCUUCGGGCACUGGUUGAAUACAGCUGCAGGAGGCAACACCAGAUAAUUUUUGAAGCCAUUCGAGGAGUGUCAAUAAGAAGUGAUAUUGCCAUUGAUGAUGUUAAAUUUCAGGCAGGACCAUGUACAGAAAUGGAAGACACAACUCAACAAUCAUCAGGAUAUUCUGAAGACUUAAAUGAAAUUGAGUAUUAAGAAAUUAUCUAAAUUGGAUUAAGUAGACAAAAUUUGUACCUCUCUUCAAUCAAAGUGAAAACAGAAGAAAUGAAUACUGGAUAUUCUUAACUAUUGCAUAAGCUGAAAUGACUUCAGAACACCCCUUUCAUUACUUUUGAAAACUACAUAUGUAUUGACUCAGGGCUUUCCUUUUUUAUUCCCCUGCACAUUUGACAACUGUUACUAGAAGUACAGGCUACUGGUUUUACAUAGAUCACUUCGUCUUAAUUUUGGUGCCAGUUAAAAAUACAAAUGUACUAUGUUAAAGUCAUUGCAAAGUGCACAUGUAAAGGGCACAAUCAAAAUGAAUGUGCAUAUUUAAGUCUGCAUUCAGUGAAUGUAUUGGGAGACUAGGUCUUGGUGGUUUUUCCUUUGAGUUUCAAGUAUGAAAAUUUGUCUUAAAUCAUGCAAGAUAUCAGUACUAUCUGCAAAAUGAAUGCAGUUUUAUGGUAACAAAUUAUUCUGGAAAUAAAGCAUCAUUUAUGUAUUUUAUG